CCUUCCACCAAACAUCCACCACCUUCCUGUGUUAUUCUAGCACAAAAUCAGAUUUAAUUCUGCCAGCAACGGUCUGGAAGCACCCAGAACGAAAUCUGACUCUGGUCCCUUAGGUGCAAGGCAGCCCCGUCGGCCAUUUUGUGUCUCCUGAAGACAGCUGUGAAGAUGCCAGUCACCAGUGAGCAAGAGAAGCGGAUGCAGAAAUUCAAAAACAGAGGCAAAAACCUUCUAGAAAUGCGAAGGCAAAGAGUGGAAACGGAAGUUGAACUUCGCAAGGCGAGGAAGGACCUGCAGAUCUUGAAGCGAAGGAACAUCAGUGUCAGCACAGAAGAUGACCUCACACCAGAGAAGAAUCAGGUUGCUCAAAUUCCUUUGGAGGAAAUAGUUGAGGCACUGAAAUCAGACGAUCAACAUCUUAUUCUCAAGGCAACCAUGUCCAUCAGGAAACUACUCUCUCAGCAUAAGAACCCUCCAUACCAAGUCGUUGAAACUGGAGUCAUUCCUAAACUCGUGGACUUUUUGUAUCACCACGACGCUCCAAGCUUGCAGCUGGAGGCUGCUUGGGCGCUCACUAACAUUGCUUCUGGGACACCUGAGCAGACCAGAGCGGUAGUGGAGGCCAAUGCCGUGCAAGGCUUGAUAGUCAUCUUGUCUUCUCCAAAGAUGCCUAUCUGUGAGCAGGCUGUGUGGGCCUUGGGGAACAUAGCAGGUGACGGCCCACAGUAUAGAGAUGUGCUGAUCAGCUUCAAUGUAAUCCCUCCCCUCCUGUCCUUGGUGACACCUUGCACUCCGGUUGGGUUCCUGCGCAACAUCACAUGGACACUGUCCAACCUCUGCAGAGGCAAAAACCCAUAUCCUCCCAUGGGAGCUGUGCAACAGAUGCUCCCCAUGCUCAUGAACCUUCUGCAGUACGACGAUGAGGGCAUCCUUGCAGACGCCAGCUGGGCUUUCUCUUACCUGACGGACGGCUCCAAUGACCGCAUCCAUGUGGUGGUGGAGGUUGGGGUGCUGCCGCGGCUGGUGCAACUCCUGGCCUACGCAGACCUACCAGUCCUGACUCCAGCUCUCCGCACUCUGGGCAACAUCGUCACUGGCACAGACGAGCAGACGCAGAUGGCCAUCGAUGCCGGUGUGCUGUCUGUCUUGCCGCACCUCCUGCACCACCCUAAGCCAUCCAUACAGAAGGAGGCCGCCUGGGCUUUGAGCAACAUUGCAGCAGGGCCCAGCAGCCAGAUACAGCAGCUCAUCACUUGCGGCCUCCUGCCUCCUCUGGUGGAGCUGCUGGAGAAGGGAGACAUCAGGGCCCAAAGGGAGGCUGUGUGGGCAGUUGCCAACUUCACCACUGGAGGGACGGAGCAGCAGGUGGAGGAAAUGGUCCAGGCGGGGGUCCUUAAACCUCUGCUGAACUUGCUGGCUAUCAAAGAUGCCAAAAUUAUCCUCGUCGUCUUGGACAGCAUCUCUAGUUUCUUCCUGGCUGCUGAGAAGCUGGGUGCAACGCAGAAGCUGUGCCUUUUGGUGGAAGAGCUUGGGGGCCUGGAGAAGAUCGAAGCCCUCCAGACUCACGAGAACACCUUUGUCUACCGAGCUGCCCUGGGCCUCAUUGAGAAAUAUUUUCCCGACAACCAAGCUGAAAACUCGGUUUCAGAAACAGGAGAAGGAACAGCCCCUUCACCUUUCUUGACUGAUAUGCAAGACUGCUUUAAAUUCUGACUGGGAGACCC